GCCGUCCAGAUGGCUGAAUUGGACCUGAUAGUUCCAGGGCCACUGCCUGAUGUCACUGCUCACUGUCUGGCCACUCUCGGCCCAGACUCUGAGCCAGUAGAAGGCAUGGGCUCCUUAGAGGGUCCUUGUGGGGAGACUGAAGGGGAAGGAAAUGGAUCUGCAGAGCAAGGGAGUCCUGGCAGUGACGGAGAGGAGGAGAUCCUAUGUGACUUCUGCCUGGGGGACAGUAAGGUGCGGGCAGUGAAGUCUUGCCUGACAUGUAUGUUAAAUUAUUGUGAGGAGCACCUGCGACCGCACCAGGAGAACAGCAAACUGCAGAGCCAUCAGCUGACUGAACCAGUAAAGGACCAAGACCUCCGCACUUGCCCUGUCCACCAUAGCCCAUUGGUUGCCUUCUGCUGUUCGGAUCUGCAAUGCAUCUGCCAGGAUUGUGGUCAGGGCGACCACAAGGACCACACAUUGGUCUCCCUGGACAUCGCUCGCAAAGAUAAGGAGGCUGAACUUCAGCGCACUCAGUUAGAGCUGGAAAGAAAACUCAAGUUGAAUGAAAAUGCUAUUACUAGGCUCCAAACCAAUCACAAAUCUGUUUUGGUGUCUGUGUCAGAGGUGAAGGCGGCGACUGAGGAGAAGUUUGGGGAACUCCUUGCUGCCGUGAGGAAGGCCCAGGCUGAUGUGAUGCUCUUUUUAGAAGAGAAGGAACAAGCUGCACUGAGCCAGGCUAAUGGCAUCAAGACCCAUUUGGAACACAGAAGUGCAGAGAUGGAGAAAAACAAGCAGGAGCUGGAGAGGAUUGCUGCCCUGAGCAACACUGUUGUAUUCUUGGAGGAGUACUGCAAAUUUAAAAACAUGGAGGACAGUGCUUUUCCUAGUGUCUACAUAGGAUUUAUGGAUAAACUCUCAGGUAUCCGCAAGGUCAUCACGGACUCCACUGAACACUUAAUCAACUUGCUACAAAACUACAAGAGUAAGCUCCAGGAGUUUUCCAAGGAAGAGAAAUAUGAUAUUAAAACUCAAGUGUCUGCUGUUGUUGAGCGCAAGUAUCAGACUUCAAAACCUGAGCCCACUACCAGGCAACAGUUCCUUCAAUAUGCGUAUGAUAUCACAUUUGACCCAGAUACUGCUCAUAGAUACCUCCGGCUGCAGGAGGAUAAUCGCAAGGUCACCAACACCUCACCAUGGGAGCAUCCUUACCCAGAGCUCCCCAGUCGUUUUGUGCACUGGCGACAGGUGCUCUCCCAACAGAGCCUGUAUCUGCACAGGUACUAUUUUGAGGUAGAGAUCUCUGGAGCAGGCACCUAUGUUGGCCUGACUUGCAAAGGCAUUGACCGGAAAGGGGAAGAUCGGAACAGCUGCAUUUCUGGAAACAAUUUCUCCUGGAGCCUCCACUGGAACGGAAAGGAGUUCACAGCCUGGCACAGCGACUCAGAAACGUUGCUCAAAGCCAACCCUUUCCGGAGGCUGGGCAUCUACAUCAACUUCCAGGGAGGGACUCUCUCCUUCUAUGGAGUAGAACCUGAUGCUAUGACUCUGGUCCACAGAUUUGACUGCAAAUUUUCGGAGCCUGUCUACCCUGCCUUCUGGCUUCCCAAAAAGGAAAACAGCAUCCGCAUUGUGGAUUUGGGAGAAGAACCUGAGAAGCUAGAUCUAACCUCAGGGGGAAUUACCUCCUAAACUCCAGGACACAUAUCCCAGACUUUUGCUCCAUGCUGUACUAUUCUCAAUGUUUCUAGUUAUUCUCAGGUGCCCAAAUCAUAACCUAAUGAUAUUUUGUAUGUUUAUCAGAUUAACAUCACAUUGAGUUCACAAUCAGUAACCUGAACUCUUCAGAACAACCAAAAAAGAAUUGUACAGUAAUUAUAAUAAAUUUCUAACUUUACUGUG